CGUGACAAAUAACCCUCCAAUCAAUGAGUUGGCCUCCAACGACAAGGCGCGUUCCCGAAGCGGCGAAGACAGGCGGUGGAGGUGAUUCAAAAGCGGUUCCUUAUAAAAUUAAUAUAUUAACUUGUAAAUCAUUGAGAACAUGUCUGAAGAGAAGCCAAAGGAUCCAGUUAAAACCGAGAACGACCACAUUAACCUGAAGGUGGCUGGCCAAGACGGCUCUGUUGUCCAGUUUAAAAUUAAAAGGCACACUCCCCUCAGCAAACUAAUGAAAGCAUACUGUGAAAGACAGGGUUUGUCAAUGAGGCAAAUUAGAUUCAGGUUUGACGGUCAGCCAAUCAAUGAAACUGAUACACCUGCACAGCUUGAGAUGGAAGAUGAAGACACUAUUGAUGUAUUUCAGCAGCAGACCGGUGGCGCAUGUUAAAGCUACAUAUCCCUUCCAGGGGACUGCAGACCUUGAUCAGACCCACUUUACUAAGCUCUCUGAAAUAUUCUUCAGAAAUUUCAAUUUCAAAAAAUUAUCUGAAAAGGGCAUUUGCAGUUAUUGUUUUUAAUCCCCAGGUGCAUCAUGGGUACCUGAUUUGGGUCUGGUUUGGACAUGAUUUGCUAGCAGAUAAAAAACUUUGUAUAAGAGGGGGGGGAGGGGAACACUAUCUUACAAUUUACAUUUUAAAAUGGGAACUAAGACUGGGAGGAGGGGAGGGGGGUACAAUUGAUAUAAAUUGCCAUCAUGAUGCAUUUACAAGGUACAGCCUUCCCCACAAGCCCUAUACUUUUGUAGGGGUUGACGCCAAAACAGGUUAUUGUUCCAGCAACGUUCUAACACAUGCUUUUUGAAAUUCCACAUACAAGGCAGUGUUUUAGACUUUGGGUAGUCUGUAAUAAUUUCAUGCACGCCAGGGUGCAGUACUUUUUUUUUUUUUUUUUUUUUUUUUAAACUUCCAGUAUUUCUGUAGUGCUUCACUGGAACAAUAACCAUAUACAAAAGGAUGAAGUGUGUAGCGGCAUUAGGGACUUCAGAACCACACGCAGUCUAAUGUUGCUUUUCCUCACGCAAGAGCUUGCUAAAAAAAAGAAUAAAAGAGAAUUCAUGUCUAUUAAUGUUCUCUUUUAAAAAAUAAAAAUAAAAAAAUAAAGAAAUAUAUAUAAUUAAAAAAAUGGUCUGCAUUUUUAUAUCAAAUCUGAUCAAGGUUUUUUUUUUCUUUUGUGUGUGUGUGAGGAGGGUGGGAGGGUGACAUAUAUAAAGCAAAACAAUAAAAAGCCCCAUGUUUUAGACUGAGAUGGAUGUGUUUUUUUCCUUAUUCCUUACCUGUAUUGUGGCAAAUAAGUGGAUAUUUGCUGUGCCUUGGCUGCAUAAGGGCAUCUCUAUAUUAACAUGACUGUCCUGGUCCAAAAGAAAGCUUCACCAGUAGCUUGCAAUCUUGUUAACUGAGAACAAAUUAAUUGUAUUUCUUUCUGCAUUUUCUUUUUCAUCAGGGUAGAAAAUUCCACCGAUUGUCAUGUUUCUCUACUGAUUUGUACAUUUAUUUGUUGUCCUUUACUACUGUAUACAAUAAAUAUAGUUUGGUACUCA